AUGCACACACUCACGCUGCGCCUCGUGUGCUGCACCCUCCUCAGGCAUGGAAGCUUUGGCGUCUGCGGCGUUGGCGGCGGCGGUGGCGGGAUGCGCCUCUUCGGCCGCGUCGAGGAGGGCUGCGCAGGCGCGAGGGACCUGCUCGAGCACGCCUUCCCUCCCCUCUCCCUCCCCGUCGUGCGCGUGACGCCGGGAGGUGGCGCGGUGCCCGUGAGGUCCGCCGAGCAAAAGACCGCGCUGCUGCAGGGCCUCAGCGCGCUCGAGCGGGUGGCGCUGCACGCCGCCGUCGGCAUCACCUCCACACCCUACGGAGCGGCGCUCCGUGACCUCGCGGCCGUCCUCGCCGCCUCGCCCUCCCUCGCCUGGGAGGCGGAGCGAGGAAGCGACGUCGCAAAGUGCCUCGGCAAGUGCAGGCCGGCGGACGGCGGCGGCAGCGGCAUCGGCAGCUGA